CAGUUUCUUGUUCACCAUAUCCCAUUAUCAAUCUAGGUCUAGUUACAGCUUUUAUUUUCACAACCAUGGCUGGUCCUAUAACCACUACUUCUACUCCAACAACCCCUCGAAGCCGGUCAGCUAUGUUACGGUGCAUUGCAAUUACAUUACUAGCGUUAGUAAUUCUUGUUGGUCUUGCUGUGCUCAUCACUUGGCUAGCACUCAGGCCCAACAAGUUAGUUUAUACCGUUGAAACAGGGAAAGUGGAACAGUUCAGCAUACAUUACAAUCGUCUAAAUACUACGUUAGGAUUUGUUGUAAGAGCAUAUAAUCCUAACAGAAAGGUAUCAGUGUAUUACGACUCAAUCGAUGUUUCAGUGACGUACGAUGAUCAACCUAUUGCCUUUGAAACUCUUCAACCAUUCUUUCAACCUCAUCGAAACGUGACAAUGCUAAAUGUGAAGCCCACAGGUCUGGCUGUUCCGCUACAAGGGUCUGUUUCUAAGGAUCUUAGGCUUGAAAAAUCAUCGGGUGAGAUGGUAUUCGACGUGAGAAUUAAAGCCAGGAUUAGAUUCAAGGUAGCAAGAUGGAAAUCGUCGCACUAUACUGUUCGAGUUAAGUGUCCUUCUGUCGAAGUACAUUUAUCCUUUCCGAAGUUAUUUAGACAGACCAAAUGCGACGUGGAUAUUUAAGUGUGUGCUUUUAUAUAUAUGGAGUACUUAUAUGUUUGAUUUGAUUGUUUGGUUCAUCAUUCAGCUUUGCUGAUGAUUGUGUGUUCUGAUUGAUAUUUACUUUUUGAAUUUUGCUUGUUUGAUUGUUUUGUUUCAAUUUAUUUUGUUUGGAAAAUAGGUUAUUUGUCCAAAUAUUUUUAAAACAUGGUUCUAAU